AUUUUGAAAUAUCGACGCGGAAGUUGCCAGCCAACUCAGCUCCGGGUGAGGAAAAACGAAGAGUUCUCAAUGGACAAGAACUCGCCUGGAAUUCUUUGCGAGACGGGAAAGGAACUCAAGAGACGUUACAAUACAUGUGGAUUCUUCACCCUCUCAACACUUUCCCAUCGCAUUUGACGUUUUGAGCUGUGGUAACCUUUGGGCUGCUGGUGCUCUCGUCGCUCGUAUUUUUUUCUGGCCGAUUUCCUGUUGCAAAAAAAAAAAAAACAGGAGAAGGGGGACUUCUGUUGGAUCGGACCACUGCCCGAAACCUUUUUGUGUGUGUGGAUAUUUGGGAAUUGACCGCAGGCGCCUUCCGUGGAAAAGGAAACACUCGCGCGAUGGGCACCAAACGCAACGGUAUUUGGAAAGGUGGUUUUAAAUGAAGGAACAAAGAACCUUCCGUUCCGCUGAAGGCAAAAAAGAAUGGACGAUGGAGCAGGACUACAACCGAAUAAGCUACAAGCUACAGUAACAUGCCCCGUGGGGAAAAUGAGAGCCUAUUUAAUCCAGUUUGUGACUUUGCUGCUAUGCAUCGGCGGCUGCCGCGCGGCGCCGGACGCCUCCGCUUGCAAAUACGACGAGCACUCGAAAAGCACCGGGAAAAGCCCGUCGUCUGACAGGAAGGUUGUCUGCAGUAACAUGGAGUUCCGUCAGAUGCUGCCGUCGCACUCGUUCCCAAAUCGGACUGUCACGCUAAUUCUGAACAACAAUAAAAUUCAAGAACUGAAGAACGGCUCAUUUCUCGGACUGACAAUGUUGGAAAAAUUGGACUUGCGGAAUAACCAGAUCAGCCGAAUAGAACCGGGUGCCUUCCUCGGAUUGCCAGCUCUCAAAAGACUGGAGUUGUCUAACAACAGCAUCGGCUGUCUCAACGCGGACGUCUUCAGGGGCCUCACGAGUCUCAUCCGGCUAAAUCUUUCUGGGAAUUUGUUCUCUUCGUUGGCUCAGGGGACCUUUGACAGCCUCGUCUCGUUGAAGUCACUGGACUUCCAGACGCCUUACCUGCUGUGUGACUGCAACCUGCUAUGGCUGCUGCGGUGGCUCCGCGACAGGAAUGUGGCGGCCAAGACCACCAAGUGCUCGUACCCGCAGUCGCUGCAGGGCCAGCUCAUCACAGCCGUCAAGCCGGAGCUCCUCACGUGCGACGCCCCACUGGAGCUGCCCUCCUUCCAACUGACUCCAUCCCAGCGGCAGGUGGUCUUCCAGGGGGACAGCCUGCCAUUCCAGUGUCAAGCGUCCUUUGUGGCCGAGGACAUGCAGGUGCUGUGGUACCAGAACGGGCGCAUGGUGACGGCCGACGCCGCCCAGGGCAUCUACAUCGAGAAACACAUGGUGCACAACUGCUCUCUGAUUGCCAGCGCUUUGACCAUCUCAAACAUCCAACCGGGCUUUACCGGGAACUGGGAGUGCCGGGUCAGGACGAGCCGAGGAAACACCACCCGGACGGUUCAUAUUGUUGUGUUGGAGAGUUCCGCGAAAUACUGCGCCCCUGAACGCAUCUCCAACAACAAGGGAGACUUUCGGUGGCCGCGCACCCUGGCGGGAAUCCGAGCCUUCCUACCCUGCAACAGAUUAACGUCGAGCGCGGGAAGCUACUCUGGCGGCUCCGGCGAUGAGCAACGCGCUUGGCGGGACUGUAAUCGCAACGGGCUGUGGGCGGAGGAUGAUUACUCCCGCUGCCAGUUCCAAAAAGACGUCACACGAUUCCUUUAUGUCAUCAACCAGAUGCCGCUGAACGAAAGCAACGUGGUGCCCAGGGCUCGCCGCCUCCUGGUCUACACCAUCGACGCCGCCAACUUCUCGGAUAAGAUGGACAUCAUCUUUGUGGCGGAGAUGAUCGAAAAGUUCGCCAAGUUUGUGGACAAGUUCAAAGACCUGGGUGAGGUGAUGGUGAGCAUGGCCAGCAAUCUGAUGCUGGCCGACGAGCGGGUGCUUUGGAUGGCGCAGCGCGAGGCCACCGCCUGUUCCCGCAUCAUCGCCUGCCUCCAGAAGAUCGCCGCCCACCGCUUGGCCUCGGCGCAGGCCUUCUCCCUGACCUCCCCUAAUAUUGCGCUGGAGGCCCACUCGGUUAAGGCCAACGAGUGGAACGGCAUGACCUGCAUGUUGUUCCAGAGGCCCAGCCCGGAACGGACCCACGGGCAGGACCGCCAGCUCACCUUUAAAUGCAACACCACCGGCUCCUUCUCCAGCGUUCUGCUAAAGAGCACCACGGUGGAGGCCUCUCUGCAGCUUCCUCAGUCGCUCUUCAGCCAGGCGGCACUGCUGCCCGGGCAUUCGGAGGACACCGUUUAUAAGCUCCACCUGCUGGGCUUCCGCAACGGCAAGUUUUUCCCGUCAACUGGCAACUCCAGCCAGCUGGCCGACGGCGGGAAACGGAGGAAUGUGGCCACUCCGGUCAUCAUGGCAAAGAUAGAUGGCAUUUCCGUGCAUAUGCUGCGGACGCCCGUCAACAUCACCCUGCGGCGCUUCGCCCGCGGCUCCGACGCCGUGUCCGCCUGCUGGAACUUCAGCCUGGUGGGCGGUCAGGGCGGCUGGCAGAGCGACGGCUGCCGCAUCCUGGGUCACCACGAUAACUUCACCACCAUAUCCUGCAACUCGCUCGGCAACUACGGACUGCUCAUGGACCUCAGCAGCAUGGACUAUUUCAGCCCCACCAUUGAGCCGCUGCAUCCCGUCAUCUACGCCACCAGCAUCGUGCUCCUCUUCUGCCUUCUGACCAUCAUCGUCAGUUACAUCUCCCACCACAAGUCGGCGCGCGUCAGCCGCAAGUCUUGGCACAUGCUGGUCAACCUCUGCUUCCACGUCUCGCUCACGUGCGCCGUGUUUGUGGGCGGCAUCAAUCAGACGCGCUACGCCAGCGUCUGCCAGGCGGUGGGCAUUUUACUGCACUACUCCACAUUGGCGACCGCCCUCUGGGUCGGCGUGACGGCACGCAAUAUUUACAAGCAGGUGACGCGCAAAGCCAAGCGCUACGAGGAGCCGGAUGAGCCGCCCCCACCGCCUCGCCCGAUGCUCAGGUUCUACUUAAUCGGCGGAGGCAUACCCACUAUUGUUUGUGGCAUUACGGCGGCGGCGAACAUCAAGAAUUACGGCAGCCAAAUCAAUGCUCCAUACUGCUGGAUGGCGUGGGAGCCGAGCAUCGGCGCUUUCUACGGCCCGGCGGGUUUCAUCGUCUUCGUGGACUGCAUGUACUUCCUCAGCAUCCUGCUCCAGCUGCGGCGCCACCCCGAGCGCCGCUACGAGUUCAAAGAGCUGGCCGACGAGCGGCAGCACCUGGCCGGCGAGGCCGCGGCGGACGGGCCUCGCCGCCCCCUCACGCCGGGGGCCGUUCCGCGGGCCGCUCCCAUGGCGGUGCUGGAGAACGAGCACACUUUCGGCGCGCAGCUUACGGGGGCGGCGGUGGCGCUGGGGUUGUACGGCAGCCUGUGGGUGUUUGGCGCCACGGCCGUGUCGCAGGACCACCCUUUCGAUUUGGCGUUCGCCUGCCUGUUCGGCGUGGUGGCGCUGGCCCUCGCCGCAUUCAUGGUGACGCACCAUUGCGUCAACAGGCAGGACAUGAGGCGCUUCUGGUCGCAGGCCUGUUGCUCCACCCGACGCAACUACUCCGCACAGGAGGACGCACUGCUGCCGCAACCCGGCGUCGCCGCGGCGUCCGCGGCCGGCUCGGCCAAGACGGACGCCGAGUCCAAUAAGGGCGCCCGCAGCAGCAGCGCCGACUCCUCCUACACGAACAAGAGCGCGCCCAGCGUACGCAACUCUGCGCACGGCAGCAAGCUGACCAAUCUGCACGCAGAGGCCGCCCAGUGCAAGCCCGCCGCCGCCGCCAGCGCCGCCGUCCCGGUGAUGACCGUUUUGGACAACAGCCUGACAGAGCAUUCGGUGGACAACGAAAUCAAAAUGCAUGUGGCGCCGGUGGACGUGCAGUUUCGUCCCCUGGACAACAAUCCGGCCGGCAACAGGCCCCACAAGAACCGAUCUCGCGCUCACCGGGCCAGCCGCCUGACGGUGCUGCGGGAGUACGCCUACGACGUGCCCACGAGCGUGGACGGCAGCGUCCAGAGCGCCCCCAGCAGGCGGCACCACUAUUAUGACAUGGCGGCGCGCAACAGCCGCCGCGCCGCCUACAUGGCUUACAGGGAACGCCACCGGAGCCAGCUGCAGCACGACAGCAGCGACAGCGCCAGCUUACCGCGACGCUCUCGCAAGGUAGGCGAGGAGACCGAGGCCGGGGCGGCGCCCGCUGGUUCCAGAGACUCCGCCGCCGAGCCGUUCUGCAGCGGCGAACUGGAAACCAAAUCUUACGGCCUCAACCUCAUCACACCAAAUGGAAGUGCGCACAAAGAAAAUGGGCAAGUGGUUCCACUAAUAAGUACGGGCGAGAGCGCCCCCUGUAUCAAAACUGGCUUGUGGAAACAUGAAACUACCGUGUAGCGACACGUUCCGACCUGAAGACACUUUUUACUGUGAAAGGCUAUUUUCUUGUAGAUUUUCUUUUUGUUUUUUUUGUAUUGUUCACAAUUUAUGGUAUUGUUUGAAAGAAGUGGCCGUGUUGGUACCGCUCAUCUGCUUUUUAUAAAUGUUCUAUUUUUAUAAAAGACACAAUGUCGCCUUUGUGUUCAUAACAGCAACAUCAGCAGCAGUAAUAAAAGGUACCAAAUAUAAAA